AAGCGGGAAGUUGGAGACGACGUGGAGGAAAGGGUUCAAUUAGCAUCUCAAUAUUUGACAUCUGGAAUCAAUACGUUGACUCUCCUUUGUGGUGCAGCUGUUGCUUCUUCCUCAUCCAACUGCCCCUUGAAAGCUUAUUGUUACAUUUAAAAACAAAUAGAUACAUUUUCUUGAGGUGGAUGCGCCAUUUGUUUGAUUUUUCUUCUACAGCAUCAACCUCGACUCGAUGGGCUCGGAACCUGUCUCUUUAAACGCCGUGGCCGCGCUGCUCGUGCGCGGCGCUUUGUGCAGAAGUUUCUCCCGUUAGAGAGCAGCUGCGCACCGGGCACAGCGGGGCUCCGCCUGCCGCAGCAUCCCGGGAAGCAGAGCCCGCCGCCGGCGAGAGGAGAGUCGAGGACCUCCCGCCGGGCUCCGUGGAGCCGUCUAUUUCCUGGACGAGGCCUCGUUAAUGUUACGUUCGUGCGCCUGUGUUUAGCCGGCCACGAGCUUCUUCAAGUCGUGACGUUUUUUGUUUGGCAUUGAUCAAAACAAGCUUUUUUUUUUUUUUUUUUUUUUUUGGAGGAACGGAUGGAAAGAAGCUUUUUGACGGGGAGCAGGUGAGGGCGGGGCCGAGUGGAGAUUGAAUGAUUGAUUGAAUUGAUUGACAGGCAGCUCGGCGCGCGCACGCUCCAGCCAGCCAUGAAGCGCGCGCUCCAGCUGUGCGUGCUCGUCACCGUCACGGCGGCGCAGCUGGCUCUCCACGUGGGAACUUCCACGCGGUGCGCCACCGGCUGCCACGCGGGCUCGUGCGUCAACGGCUCGUGCGUGUGCCACCACGGAUGGGUGGGCGAGCAGUGCCAACACUGCCAGGGCAGGUUCAAGUUAACCGAGCUGUCGGGUUGGCUCAGCGACGGCCCGAUGAAUUACAAGUACAAGACCAAGUGCACGUGGCUCAUUGAAGGCUUUCCCCAGGCGCCGUUGAGGCUGCGCUUCAGCCACUUGGCCACCGAGUGCGGCUGGGAUCACAUGUACGUGCACGACGGCGACUCGCUCUACGCGCCGCUCGUCGCCGCCUUCAGCGGUCUGGUGGUUCCCGAGUCGGGCGGCAACGAGACGGUUCCGGAGGUGGUGACCACGUCCGGCUACGCUCUGCUGCACUUCUUCAGCGACGCCGCGUACAACCUGACCGGCUUCACCGUCUCGUACUCGGUGAACUCUUGUCCCAACAACUGCUCGUCGCACGGCCGCUGCAGCUCGGCCAAGUCGCCGUCGGCCGGCGUUUUCUGCGAGUGCGACGACUACUGGAAGGGCGCCGCCUGCCGCGUGCCGUACUGCCGACGGGACUGCGGCAGCCCCGACCGAGGCUACUGCGACCUGACCGGGGAGAAGCUCUGCGUCUGCAAGGAUGGCUGGCAAGGUCCAGACUGUUCUGUGGCCGUCCCGUCGGCGGAGGCCUUCUGGUGGCCGCCCAGCGUCAAAGCUUGGUCAUCCUCGCAGUCCCCGGGUCGGGCGUCCCACAAGGCUCUGGUGCACGCCGGGCUGAUGUGGGUGGUGGGCGGCUACUCCUUCGACUACUCCAACUACCACAUGGUCCUCAAUUACGAUCUGGAGAGCAGCACGUGGGACGUGGUCCCGACCAGCGGGGGCCCUCUCUUCCGAUACGGCCACUCGCUGGCUCUCUACCAGGACGACAUGUACAUGUUUGGCGGGAAGCUGGAGUCGGGUCCGGGCGACGUCACGGACGAGCUGUGGGUGUUCGACAUCCCCCGGCGCGCGUGGUCGCCCAGGACGCCGGCGGCGCCCCCUCCCUACGCCCUGGAGGGUCACACGGCCCACGUGGUCCAGCUGGCGCCGGGCGAGCCGGCGAUGCUCGUCUUCUUCGGGUACUCGCCCGUCUAUGGCUUCGUCAGCGAAGUGCUGGAGUACAACAUCAGGUCCAACGCGUGGCGGACGGUGUCGGCGGGCGGCGCGGCCGUGCGUGGCGGUCACGGCCACAGCAGCGCGUACCACCGGGCCGGCGGCGCCGUCUUCGUGCACGGCGGCUACAAGGCGCUGGGACACGGCAAGCACGGCCUGGUGGACCACUUGUACCGCUACCACGUCGCGUCCAGGACAUGGUUGAUACUGCGUGAAAGCGGCCUGGCGAGGUCGCUGCACUCCGCCGUGUUGCUGGGUGGCGCCCUGCUGGUGUUCGGUGGAAACACGCACAACGACACGGCGCUCAGCAACGGCGCCAAAUGCUUCUCUGCUGACUUCCUGGCCUACGAUAUAGCUUGCGACGAGUGGAGCGUCCUCCCAGCGCCGGAACUGCACGCCGACGUCAACCGAUUCGGACACUCGGCCGUCGUCAGCAACGGCUCCAUGUUCGUCUUCGGAGGCUUCUCCGGUCUCCUCCUGAACGACGUGCUGGUCUACACGCCCGCGUCUUGCCGAGCCUUCUCCGCGCCGGUACUGUGCGGCGCCGCCGGGCCGGGCCUGCGCUGCCGCUGGCUGGACGGCGCCUGCGUCCCGUGGGAACCGACGCAAUCCGACCUCCGCCCGCCCGCCCUGUUCUGCCCUCGUCGGCCCGACAGUACUGACGAACAGUGUUUCCCCUUUUCCGAUUGCGCCAGCUGCACGGCCAACACUCGCGGCUGCCAGUGGUGCGAGGACAGGAAGUGCAUCUCCGUCUCCAGCAACUGCACCGUGCCAACUCUGGAGUUAGCCCAUCAGCAUGGUGGCGCUCUUUCUCUGCCUUCACGUCCGUCCACGUUGUCCGAGCAACAGCUGAGCUUUUGGAAGCACGGCGCCCGCAGGAAGGGACAUGCGCUGACGGAGGCGUCCGGUUGUGAGCGGCGUUCCGAGCAGGAAUGUUUGCGACUGACCGACUGCAGGAGCUGCGGCCUUAACGCCAACUGCCAGUGGGAGGCGCAACAACAGCAGUGUCAAGGGCGGCCCGGUGAGCCGUGCGGCGAAGGCUGGCAUCACGCGGGCGAGGCGUGCCUGCGGCUCAACGGCAGCCGGGCCACUUUCGACGACGCUCGGCAUUACUGCAAGAACCUCGGAGGGAACGUCGCCUCCUUACGCGGAGACCGGCAAGUGGCCUUCGUGAUGGAGGAGCUCGACAAGUACCGCGCGCAAGCACAGCCUUUGUCGCCCUGGGUGGGCCUGAGGAAGAUCAACGUGUCGUACUGGGGCUGGGAGGACGGCUCGGCCUUCUCCGACGGCGCCCUGCGCUGGCUGCCGGGAGAACCCAGCGACUCGGGCUUCUGCGCUUACCUGCGGCCGGCGCAGACGCCAGGGCUGAAGGCCAACGCCUGCACCGCCGCCGCCGACGGACUCGUCUGCCAAAAAGACGCCGGGAGUCCCCAGGGCCCCGGUCCGCGUCCCUGCAAGACCCCGUGUGCCCUGCGCACCAGCUGCGCCAACUGCACCAGUCAGGCCACAGAGUGCAUGUGGUGCAGGAGCGCUCAGCGCUGCGUCGACUCGUCGGCCUACGUCGUCUCCUUCCCCUUCGGACAGUGUCUCGAGUGGCAGACUCAGGACUGCGCUGCCCAGAACUGUUCUGGCGCGAGGACUUGCGCCGAGUGCCUGGAGCGGCCCGAGUGCGGCUGGUGCGGCGACCCCACCGACACGGGCCGCGGCUUCUGCGUGGAAGGGUCCUACCGCGGACCCCUGAGGCUCGCCCACGCCCGGGCCGGACCCCGUGACCGCUACGCGGUCCCGGAUCAAGGCCUGUGUCCGGCCGACAGAGGCUACAACUGGGCUUUCCUCCGGUGCCCGUCUUGUCAGUGUAACGGGCACAGCAGGUGCGUGAACGGAAGCGUCUGCGAGCGCUGCGGGAACUUGACGGCCGGGACGCAGUGCCAGAACUGCGUGGCCGGUUACUAUGGCGACCCCACCAACGGAGGGAAAUGCAACGCUUGCAGGUGUAACAGCCACGCUAACGUGUGCCACGUCAACACGGGCAAGUGCUUCUGUACCACCAAGGGCAUCAAAGGAGAGCAAUGCCAGCUAUGUGACUCUGAGAACCGUUACCUUGGAAACCCUCUGCGAGGAACCUGCUAUUACAACCUGCUGAUCGACUACCAGUUCACCUUCAGCUUGCUGCAGGAAGACGACCGACACUACGCCGCCAUCAACUUCAUGGCCACGCCGGAACAGGCCAACAAGAACUUGGACAUGUCCAUCAACGCUUCCACCAACUUCAACCUCAACAUCACUUGGUCCUUAAGCUCCACAGCCGGGAGCAUCUCGGGGGAGGAGAUGUCCAUCACGGCGCGGCGCAACAUUAAGGAGCACCGAGACAGCUUCUCGUGCGACAAGUUCAACUUCAAGCGGCGUCACAACGUCACCUUCUACAUCUACGUGUCCAACUUCAGCUGGCCCGUCAAGAUACAGAUUGCAUUCUCCCAGCACAACAGCAUCAUGGACCUGGUUCAGUUCUUUGUCACCUUCUUCAGCUGCUUCCUGUCUCUGCUGCUGGUCGCCGCCGUAGUUUGGAAAGUCAAGCAGACGUGCUGGGCCUCGCGGCGCAGAGAGCAGCUGCUGAGGGAGCGUCAGCAGAUGGCCAGUCGUCCGUUCGCGUCGGUAGCGGUGGCGUUGGAGGCGUGCCCCGACCGCGAGGCCUGGCUACAGGCGGCGCCGAAGGCCAUCGCCACGGAGCCGUGUUGGGGGAGCGGAGCCGCCGUUCUCACCGUGCUGAUGUUUUUACCCAGAAUGUCGUGUGGAACGCCGCCGCCAGGACAAUCUGGCGUGGCCAUCGCCAGCGCCCUGGUGGACGCCUCGUCGCAGCAGCGAGCGACGGACAUCCGAGAGCGAGGCCCGGGCCUCAAGCAACGCAAACACGCUGUGCAGCACCAGGGGACUUGUGUUUGAACCCUGCGGUACACCACGCUGGGACCUCGAGUGAUCUCCACCGGUGGAACAAUUACGGAAUGGAAAUACGGAUAUUUUUCAUCCGUGGUGGAAACUGAGUUCAAUGAGGAAGUUGUUCAAAGCUUCCCACUUGGACAUGAAGCUCAGAUGAAGAAUCUGACCCAGUAAAUCCUGAUGUCUCCUCUGGAAGCUGGAACAUCUCGUUUGUUUGUUUGGUUUUUUUCACUUUUCCCAACAGCUAUUCAGCAUGUCGUCAGUGUCUCAUUAAUAAAUCGUCUUGGACUCGUUGGUGAACUUGACACUACAGGAGGAGCUUCUAAGAGAAGCGUUCAAGCUACUGCUACUGAUGGAAUUUGUAGAGAAACUUCACGUUAAUUAUGCAACUUUGACAAAUAUUAUUAAAACAUGUUUUUUUUAUGACAGACAGAAGACUAAAAAUCACCCUCCUAAUUUUUUCCCCCACAGUACAUGUCUAAUUUACGUUGUUUCUGUCCUGUUGUCCUUUGACUUUUGUUAUUUUAAUGUUGAAUAUGUUUCGUCUGUAUUAUUAGCAUUAUUUUAAUGUAUUAAUUUUCUUAUUAAGAAAGGCAGCCAAGCAGGGUAUUGACAAUAAAAAGAACUUUGCUACUGAA